UUUAUUUGACAAUGUAAUCUAGUGGGUAGAAAUCUCAAAUUAUAAAACGAACAACCUUUUUGAACUCAUCUUCGGCUUUCAGUACAAAUAGUAGAACCAAUUCUAUCGUGUAAGAUAACAAUUAAAAAAAAGAGUUAAGAAGGUAAGAUAAUCACAACUAUAUUAUAGGUAUCCAACAGAAUGGGCUGAAUAGAUAGACAAUAAAUCGGAUAAUCGAUUUCAUCAUACGAUCAUUAAUAAAAGCAGAGACGAGCACAACCCAAAUUUGGCAUCUCCAAGCAAAAUAUUUGGAAUCUAAGAAGGGUAUGAGUAAAAUCAUCCUUAGCAAUAACCCAAGCAGAUUUCAUACAACCAAUGAAGAUCUUUUGUCCUCAUUCAGAAAGAAGAAUCAAUCACUUGGGAAUUUGGGAAGUUGGUAGUUCACCGCUCCUCAGCCUCAGUCAUCCUUGAUAUCUAAAUCUAACACCAGCAAAACUCUAUCCAAGAGAGUGGAUCUGGCCGUUCCUCUAUCUGAACUAUUGGAGAUAUCGAGAUAAUUAGAUUGUUCAUAAUAGGAGGAAAUCAGAUAAUUGUCACGAGGCUAUGUCAAUUAACUCUUCCAAUUGUCAUAAACUAUUGAAAGAGUACUUCGUAAUAUAAAGAGAUGAGAUUAUUGAUGG